AUGCCGCGAUUCAAUCUUGUAAAGAAUUGUUCGUAUUAUUGGGGAUUCGCUGCAUUUGUUGCUUACUUUGUCAACCAUCCUGCAUACACUCCACCGUACUUUGGCGACAAACAG